CGACAGCUUACCUGUUGGCUGAACUCUGACAUUGGUUCCGCUGCCUCUCUUCGGUUCUCAUUUAAGAAGAUUUACUGGUUAGCUGGAAAACGAGACAAACAAAUUGGAUAUAAACUGGUUCAGUUGCUCAACAGCUACAAUAUUUGUUAUACAUCAUUUCCGGACGCUGCUGAUUUUAAAUUAGGUCUCGGUCGGUGUCGGGAUUUGUGUUGCUACAUAGCUGGUUAGCUGCUAACUUGCUAACCUGAAACGUUAGGCUGGUGUAGAAAUGAAAUCGUAACGUGAAUCUAGUAAUAAUCAUCAUGACUGCUAUCUGGGAGUCCUGACCAUUGUUAUCUAUCAAAAUGUUUUAUAUCGUGGCUUCUGGGUAGUUAAAGAAACACUCAGUCUGCGGUAAAUCAGCUAAUUUGGCUUGCUCAGACAGCUUUUAGCGUCUACUGUUUACAAGCGGAUUUAGCGACCAUGGCUAAUGUUACAGACCUGCAAACAAAAUACAGCAAGCUGGCACAGGAGUACUCGAAGCUCCGUGCCCAGAACCAGGUGCUGAAGAAGGCAGUUGUAGAUGAGCAGGGCAACUCUGCAUCUUUAAAAGACCAGCUGAAGCAGAGGGACCAGAGUCUGCGAAAGCAGGAACAGGAGAUGGACAGCCUCAGCUUCAGGAACCAGCAGCUUGCCAAGAGGGUGGAGCUGCUGCAAGAGGAGCUGGCUGCUUGUGAAGCCAAGGGCAAAAAGGGGAAGAAUAAAGGAGACCCUCCCUCACAGUACGGCCUGCAGACACAGAGUGUUUUUAAUGAGGAUCUGCAGAAAAAAAUAGAAGAAAAUGAACGGCUUCAUAUAAAAUUCUACGAAGCAGAUGAGCAGCACAAGAAGAGGGAGACGGAGCUGAGAGCUCGACUGGAGGAGCUGGAAAAAGACGCCGAGCAGCAUCGGGCUAUCGUUCACAGUCUCACCACAAAGUAUGUGGAAACAAUCGAUCGGCUGCAGAGCGACAAGGCGCGCCUGGAGGUGAAAGGCCAAACUCUGGAAAGGGAUGCGAAGGAAUGUCGAAUCCGAACAGAUGAGUGUCAGCAGCAGCUGAGGCGGUGCCAGUCGGAGCUGAGCAGACAGCUGAAACAAAGCAGCAGUGUGAUCCAGGAGAAAGUGCCCUUCAAUGACACCAAAUUCAACGAGUACAACAGCCUAAAUGUGCCGUCGCAUAAUCGGAGGCAUCAGCUGAAGGCCAGGGACGUCACCGGCCAGGCACUGAGCUUCAUCCAGGACCUGGUGGCUGCUCUGCUCAACUUCCACACCUACACCGAGCAGAGGGUCCACAUCUAUCCGCUGGACUCCUCCAUCGAGCCCGUCUCCCCUCUGAACCAGAAGUUUUCUCAGUAUCUACAUGAAAACGCUGCUUAUGUGCGCCCCCUGGAGGACAGCUUCCUACAGUUUUACCAAAGCAUCACAGAAGACACCGUUACAAUCCUGGAGACCGUGGUCACACUGAAGGCGUUUGCUGACAAUUUUGCCUCAUACACCCACUUUCUGCUAAAGAUCCUUCCCUACCAGUUGAAGAGUCUGGAAGAAGAGUGCGAGGCACCUCUUUGCACAGCUGCUCUGACCGCAAAAAACCAAGAGCUGCAGAGCGAUGUGAAGAAAGUCACGUCUGCUUUUGAGAAGCUGCAGAGCUACAUUAACCUUUUGGCCUUACCCAGUGUUCAGCAGGACGCCAUGCCACAGAGCAGCACCUCCGCUGUCUUCACCCAGCUGGCAGCCUGCCUGCUCAGUCUUCAUGAUGCUGUUAAAGAGAUGUCAAAACAUUAUAACCAGAAGGCUGGGAUUGAGCGGGAGCUCCCCACCGUCACCCAGAAGCUCUGCACCACCUCAGAGUGCCUCCUGGGAUCUCUGGGAUCACUGACCAGCGUAACUGGCAAGAUCGCCACUUUCUUCAGCAACAACUUGGACUUCUUCACAUCGCCGGCCUACAGCCCCAGAGGGAGCUCGCUGACCCUCAAUCCUCUGCAGGCAGAGGCGAUGCUGGCCAACAAGCAGAAAGCUGCUGCCUAUAUUCAUGCCGUUAAAAAGGUCCGGCCACAGUCUGUUCCCUACAGAGAAGCCCUGGCAAACCGCCGUAUUCUCACCAGCUCCACCGAAAGCAGAGAAGGGCUCUCUCAGCAGGUGCAGCAGAGUCAGGAGAAGAUCGCUCGCCUGGAGCAGGAGAAGGAGCACUGGCUCCUGGAGGCUCAGCUGGGAAAGGUGCGGUUGGAAAAGGAGAACCAGCGGAUCGUGGAUCUGGAAGCGCAGCUUGCUGCGGCCCUGGGAGGAAGCCCGAACCCCCAAACGGCCCCGGCCAGCCGGCUUACGCAGACCCACGAGGAGGUGGAGAUGGAGCAGAACGCCACAGGGAAAGAAGCGACUCUCUGCACCAGCCUGGUCGGCAUGUUGUGCACAACACCUACAAAUGAACACGUGGGAGACGAGGAGUCUCGAGAGCAGCUGAUAAAGACUCACUAUAUGGCACGAGUAGGAGAGCUCACCACCCAGCUCCAGAUUUCCGACAGCAAAGCUGUGCACUUCCACUCUGAGUGUCGAGCUUUGGCAAAGAGAUUAACCAUCGCGGAGAAAGCACGGGAGACGCUAAGCGAAGAGGUCAAACUGGCUAAUCAGAACAUCACACGCUUGCAGGACGAGCUCACCACCACUAAGAGGAGCUACGAAGACCAGCUUAGCAUGAUGAGCGACCAUCUGUGUAGCAUGAAUGAGACUUUGAGCAAGCAGAGGGAGGAAAUCGACACCCUCAAACUGGGUGGCAAGGCAAAUGCCAAAAAGAACAAGGGCCGUUAACGCUACCCCGGAAGUCCGGACUCUCCGGGGAAACAUCAGUGCUGCGGAGCCUCUCAGCAGCAUCGUGAUGCCUUCACUGCCUCCACUACAGGACAACUUCUGGAGCCUCAGAUUCCUCUGCUGUCGAGCAAUCACACGGCAAACAAACUCUUCAGAAGCUCGGAUAUUUGAUUUGACUCGCCGCAUCACCUGUUAAAACAUCAUUAGCUAACGCUGGUUUCUGAACUCCACGUGAAGAUGAAGUAAACUGGAGACGAGACUCGAAGCCCAAAACCCCGUUAAUGUGUCAUCUGUCAAAGUGUGAAAGAAACGCCGUUCACACCUUGUUUGUGAGCAUUAAUGACUCAGAUUCCAUUUUGCAGUUAAAUAUUCAUCCAACUAGAGAUUAUUUCUGGGUUUGGUGUAAAAAAAAAAGUCUUUGAAAUCUUACUGAAAAUCCAACAAAGGAACACUUGAAUCUUUACUGAUGGGAAGGGGAAAAAAGAACGCCGACCUUUCAGCACUGAUUAGCUGUGUAUACUUUCACGAGUUAAAGGUGGACAAGUUGAAGCUUGUGAAAAUUGUCAGUCUGUGUCAGAAAACUUGCUCUGUAACAGUUUAAUUUUUUUCUUUUAACCACCAAAGGAAACAUGGAUGCACACUCGGCUUCAUAAACUCACGAGAUGUUGAAUAAAAAAAAGUGGUCAUUGUGAAUUAGACACUCAUUUAAAAUUAUGAUGUAUUUGAAAUUUAUAUGUGCAAAAAUAUAAAUUUAUUCAGAAGUUACAAAUCUUUAUUUACCCAGAUUUUUUAAUAUAUACGAUGAAUGUAAAAUAGUUUUUUUUCCAUAGUAAACUGCUAACUUUACUGAUUGCAUUGACUUAUACCAUGAGUCAUAGCAGAUGGAAAGGUGUGUGUGUGUGUCAGAGCCAGCUCUUAUCAUGUACCAACACGAGAUGAAUGCUAGAAAACUUCAGCAGUUCUCCCAAACUUCAUUCAGACCUCUUAUUUGCCAAGACUCGACCAUUUCUAAACUGGAAAAAAACCUGUUUAAAGCACAUAUGUGAAACCGAAUAAAGACCUUGCUCAUGAUUUAA